GAGGAUGUACUUUCAACGCAGCAGCAAAACUCAAUGAUAUUGAUAUAAUUGCUCGAGAAAUGCAUUGCCCAAGAGAUUCACGUGCAACUUUUAGGAGCUUUAGGAUUUAAAACAAGACACCGGUGCGCACCCUUGGGCUUCAGGACUCUGGACAGCUCACUCAGUUUGCGCCUUAUUCCAGUUUUUUUGGGGGGGAAUUGAUAAUCCCAAGUAUUUGUUUUAUAAGAAAACUUAUGAGGAAUCAUGGACGUCCCGACGUGUUUCCGAUCACCAGGCAUGGGCGCACCUCAACGAGACUUCUGAAGUGAGACAUGGACUUGGCGGAGAUCCUGCUCGCACUUUUCAUCGUCGUGGUCGCGACGGUCUCGUUGUUGUCCAACUUGCUGGUGUUGCUAUGUUUCGCGCACAGCAGCGAGAUACGCAGGCAGGUGCCGGGCAUUUUCACGACGAACUUGUCCUUUUGCAACCUGCUCAUCACCGUGUUGAACAUGCCGUCCACGCUGGUCGGGAUAAUAAAGGACCAGCAGCCUUUCGGGGACUGCCUGUGCCGCGCGGUCAGCUUCCUGGACACGUUCCUGACGGCCAACGCGAUGCUGAGCAUGGCGGCGCUCAGCAUCGACCGCUGGAUCGCCGUGGUCUUCCCGCUGAGCUACUCGAGCAAGAUGCGCUGCCGGGACGCGCUGCUGAUGGUGUGUUACGCGUGGCUCCACUCGCUCGCCUUCUCCGUGGUGGCGCUGCUGCGCUCCUGGCUCGACUACAGCCGCGCGUACGCGUCCUGCACCUUGCGCCUGAACGCCGAGAGCUCCCGCACCGACUUCGCCGCCUUCACCGUGGCCUUCCACGGCGCCAGCUUCAUGCUCUCGCUGCUCGUGUUGUGCGUGACUUACUUAAAAGUGCUGAAAGUCGCGCGCUUCCACUGCAAAAGGAUCGACAUUAUAACCAUGCAGACGCUCUUCUUGCUUGUUGAUAUACAUCCAAGCGUUAAACAACGUUGUUUGGCUGAGCAAAAGAGGAGGAAACAGCGCGCGACCAAGAAAAUCAGUAUAUUUAUUGGAUCAUUUAUUAUCUGUUUCGCCCCAUAUGUCAUAACUAGGCUGACAGAGCUUCUUCCCUUUGUGGAUAUCAACCGAUACUGGGGCAUCAUCAGCAAGUGCUUGACUUACAGCAAAGCAGCUUCAGAUCCCUUUGCAUAUUCCCUAUUGCGGCAACAGUACAAGAAAAUACUAGUAUCGGUGGCUAAUCGCCUAUUAAAACGUGACUUAUACCCUUCCUCUGGACACAACAGUUCACUAGACACAGAAAAUGACUACUGUCUCCAAAGAAUCAGCUAGUGACAUUUUCUUUACAUGGAAACAUCCUAAUUCUUAGAUCUUAAAGUAUAUAGAAAGAGACAAUGAAUGGGAAAGUGUGUGUAGAGCAAGAGAGAGAGAGUUGAACUGAUUAUCAAUUAGAUGUAGCUGGAGAUGCUGGCUGUUUGAUGCACACAUAGAUAUAUGCACCAGACAGCAGUGAUAAAUAUGGACAAGAACAAUAUGUGACUAAAUGGCCAUGUGCUCUGUUCACAAUACAAACACCCACACACUUACACACACACACUUACAAACACAUCAAAGACAUCAGAGUGAUAAUUGAACCUCAGCAGACAAACAGGCACACCAUCAUUUGAGACGCGUGUUUUCUUUCCAAGUUUUUUUCUUUUCAAGAUCAUCAAAGUUAAUCAGUGGAAGGUGUCAUAUGAUCCAAUCGACCCUGAAUUAUAUGCCCU